AUGUUGGCCGAGGUGAAAGUGGUAGCGGACGUCAGGAUAACCAGCACGGACUCUGCCGUCAACAACAACUCUGACCGCGACAUCGUGAAUGUCCGCGCUCACGUGAAGAACGGACGCGAUGCGACGACCAUGAUCAACAAGAUCCCAGGCUGGAUCCCCAGCAAGCAGUGGAUGGAGCCCUACAUGAGCCUCGAGCUCAAGAUGGGCAAAGUGGGUCCCGGUGGACGCCAUCAUCCGUGGGCUCAGGAAUUGCUCGGAAAGCUACAACGCCUUGAGGGCCCGUCUCAGGAGGACAUCGAGGCGGCGAAGACGGUGGUGAAGGUGCCAGGAAGAUGGGCACACGCUGUCGGAGAAGAGCCGCUUCCCGAAGCUGGCGGGGAUUUUCGCGGGCAAGGACCUUUCUUUUCCUAUGCCACGGCACGGCGGCCGAUGGCCGAUGACCAGAGAUGCCGAGAAGCCAGCGGCGCCUUACGACCUGCGGUCCAGCACUGA